ACUGGAAAUGAAAGAACUAAACAAAUUUUAAUGAGAAUAGAAAAUAUAAUUUUAAAUAUUGUCAACAAUUUAUACAAUAAUAAUAAACUCGUAAUUAAUUUAAUUAAACCUUCAAAUUGCUCUAGUUGUGUGUAUAAUAGUGAAAAACAUAUUAUGAUUAAGACUUUACAAUUUCAUAGCAAGCGAAGUCGAAUUAAUUAUACAAUUAUCAUUUAUCUUUUGUCAAAAAUUUAUAAAAAUUUAAUGACCAAAAAAUCAUGUACAACAAGAGAACUAUACUAUGGAGAUACAAUUCUAUUCAAACAUAGCAAUACUGUAAGGAAGGCACUUAUAGAUAUAUGUUGUUUAUUAGGUGCAAAAUCUUGGGAACUGGGUAUUACAUUAUCUUCUAGUGGUUUAGUAGCAGGAGAUCUAAUGAUUUAUAUGUCUAAUGGAAAAUUUCUUGAUUGUUCUUGUACUACAGAAGGUAUACAAAUACCUCAGGAUGUUUUAGAAAUAGAAAAUUUAGAAUCAAAUGCAAAAUAUAUUCUAAUAAUUGAAAAAAAUGCAUCAUUUCAAAAAAUUAUCAAUGAAGGAUUAUUAAAUAAAAAAAAAUGUACAUUUGUCAUAAUUACUGGUAAAGGAUUUCCUGAUAUCAAUACCAGGUUGUUUGUGAAACAAUUGUCUUGCAAAUUAAAUAUUCCAAUAUUAGCUUUGGUUGAUGCAAAUCCUUUUGGUAUAGAAAUAAUGUGUGUUUACAGAUUUGGCUCCAGUUCAAUGAUUCAUCAAAAUGAAAUGCUAUGCGUGCCAUCAAUAAAAUGGCUAGGAGUUUAUCCAACAGACAUAGUAUCAUUAAAUUUACCAAGUAUUACUUUAACUAAUCUGGAUCAAGAUAGAUUGAAAUCACUUUUAAAAAGACCGUAUAUAAAUUCCAAUCAUAAGCUUUUGGAACAGGUAUUAAUGUUAUGUGAUUUAAACAGAAAAUCAGAAAUUGAGUCAUUGACAACAUUCACUCAAACAUACCUAACUAAAGUGUAUAUUAAAAAAAAAAUUCUUACUCAAGAAUUUAUAUAG